ACGGAGAUGUUUCAGGGGAUGGAAGGGUGCUACGGCGGAGUGACGGCGGCGCCGGCGCGGGACCCGAAGCCGCGGCUGCGGUGGACGCCGGACCUCCACGAGCGCUUCGUCGACGCCGUCACCAAGCUCGGCGGCCCAGACAAAGCAACACCCAAGUCGGUGCUCAGAUUAAUGGGCAUGAAAGGACUCACUCUGUACCAUCUAAAAAGCCACCUUCAGAAAUAUAGACUGGGAAGGCAGAACAAGAAUUCAGGAGGACUGGAACUAGCAGAGAGCGGUGGACAUACGGUGGAAGGCAUCAGUUUUUCUAUCGGAGCCCCUCCAACUCCAAGGAACCCUGCUGGAGGAAACGACACAGGGGAAAUACCGCUCACAGAUGCGCUAAGGUAUCAAGUUGAAGUCCAAAGGAAACUGCAAGAACAACUCGAGGUUCAAAAGAAGCUGCAGAUGCGAAUAGAGGCCCAAGGGAGGUACUUAAAGGAAAUACUAGAGAAAGCUCAAAAAAACAUUUCACUGGAUGCAAAUGGGCCUGCUAACCUCGCCUCAACCAGAUCACAGAUUACAGACAUAAGCCUAGCUCUUUCAGGUUUCAUGGACAAUGCAACACAAGUUCACGAACAAAACAAUGAACUAGUUAAAGCUAUAUCAGAUGACAAUAUAAAAGUUAACAAUUUAGGCUUUCAGCUCUACCAUGUAGGAAGUCAGGAGAGUGAGGAUGUCAGAUGCACUCCAAAAACUGAAGAUUUGCUUCUACUAGACUUGAAUAUUAAAGGAGGAUAUGAACUCUCUUCUAGAGGAACGCAAGGAUGUGAGCUAGAUCUGAAGAUCAACCAGCAAAGAUAGAUAGUUAUUUCGCAAACCUAACAGUUUUGGAAAGUUGACUGUUUGUUAUUAGUUUAUUCUUUUUUUCCAUGUGCCAGUGCUGAGCACGCUUGUUCACAAGUUUGUUUUACUGUCUGCUAAUGUUAAAUUUGCCAAAAGAGACU